GGGAGGAUUUUCCAACGUUCCGGACGACCGGAGAAACCGUCCGGGUGUUCGUUUAAUUAAGUGGCCACACAUUCCUGUAAACAUCGCUGUAUCCCGCUGGUUUGUCUUGGAAGAUGGACAACCCACUAUUCGGAACCGCUCAUAUGCUGGACGAGGUGGACAAGAAACUAAUGGUACUGCUGCACGAUGGCCGCACCCUGAUCGGAUAUCUGCGUAGCGUCGAUCAGUUCGCUAACCUGGUGCUUCACCGGACGAUCGAGCGGAUACACGUUGGAAACGAGUACGGGGACAUCCAGCGCGGAGUGUUCAUCAUACGCGGCGAGAAUGUGGUGCUACUGGGUGAAAUCGAUCGUGAAAAGGAAAGCAACCUGCCACUCCGAGAGAUAUCCGUGGACGACAUUCUGGAUGCGCAACGCCGGGAGCAGGAAGCACGCCAAGAGAAGCACCGUCUCGUGGCGAAGGCACUGAAGGAGCGGGGAUUGAACAUGAACUCCGAGAUGGCACAGGAUGAGUUUUAAAGGCGAGGGACAUUCUGAAGGACAGGCGAUCGAUCAGUUGAAUGUAUAUCAUUAUUACUUUUUUUAAAUAUCAUCUCAAAUGGACAGCGUAAGCCGCCAUACCACGUA